AUGGAUAAUGUGUCUAUUGUAAGAAUUUUUAUUUUGUCAGGAUUUAAUGAGACAAUGAAUUACAGAGUACCACUCUUGUUAACCACCUUACUGUAUUAUUGUGUGAUUUUAUUUAUCAAUAUUUCUCUUGUGCUGCUCAUUGUCUUGGAUGAAAGCCUCCAUGAACCUAUGUACAUUUUACUGAGCAGCUUCUGCAUAAAUGCACUUUAUGGGACCACAGGUUUCUACCCAAAAUUCCUUUCAGAUUUACUGUCGUCUUCUCACAGAAUCUCCUAUGAAGGGUGCCUUUUACAAGCUUUUAUCAUGUAUUCAUUUGCUUGCUGUGAUUUGUCUAUUUUAGCUGUCAUGGCCUUUGACAGGUAUCUGGCUAUAUGUCGACCUCUGCACUACCACUCUUUCAUGACUAAGAGGAGGCUUUCACAGCUGGUGUGUUUCUCCUGGCUGACACCUUUCUGCAUUUUUGCCAUCAAUGUUGUGCUUACAGCAAGACUCAAGUUAUGUGGUAUAAAGAUUCAGAGAGCCUUAUGUCUAAACUGGUUAAUUGUUAAACUUGCUUGUCCUGAAGCUGACACUUUUUCGAAUAACAUCAGUGCAUAUGUGAUACUUGUCAUUAAUGUGUCUCAUUGGCUUUUCAUAAUUUGGACUUACAUAUAUCUUAUUAAAACAUGUGUGAGGUCCAGAGAGGACAGAGUAAAGUUUAUGCAGACCUGUGUGCCCCAUCUGACUUCUGUGAUCAUAAAUGUCACUGUAAUGGUUUUUGAUGCGAUGUACUUGCGCUUUGGCUCCAGAGAUUUAUCCCAAAGCCUCCAAAACUUCAUCACUCUUGAAUUUCUCAUCAUCCCUCCAGUUAUGAAUCCUCUCAUGUAUGGAUUUAAACUCACCAAAAUACGACACAGAAUCUUGAACGAGGAUGAAGCAGCUGAAGUGGAGGCUGGGCCAGACGAAGGCGAAGCAGCUGAAGCGGAGGCUGGGCCAGACGAAGGCGAAGCAGCUGAAGCGGGGCCGGGCCAGACGAUGGCGAAGCGGGAGAAGCUGAGGCGGAGGCCGGACCGGGCGAAGCUGAGGCCGGACCAGGUGGAGAAACUGACACAGGAUGCAGGGCUGGUGGCUGCUGAACAGGAGGCUGAACUGAGGAAUCUGCCGGUAACUGACGGCCGCGUGGACGUCGCUUCCACCUGGGAGAAGGGGCUAGAGCGGCAGGGGAAGCGGGCGGUGAUAUGA